AUGGGUCAGGUGUCAGAUUUAUUGAAUCAUGCCAAGGGCAAGAAACACCAGGAUGCGCUUCAGACACUGGGCUUGCAGGAUCCAGAGGGUCAGGGCGACGGGCAAGUGGCUGAGGAUGACAAUGGCAACGUCCAUGGCAUUUGCUCUGGUUUGUCUCUCAAGGUUCCACGGAUGGACACUUGGAUCUCAGUCCUGAACUCUGUAUUAUCCCGCGCAUCGUUUCUUGCAACGACUGACAAGGCUGCAAAUAUUGGGUCUGGCUUGCUCUGCCUUGAAGCAGAUUCCUCGGCGACUGUGUCGAGGAAAAUCUUGCAGUGCCUGCGAUUUCCUUUGGACCAGCAGGACAUGUGGCAUCUGAAAAAUGCAGUGGCAGCCUCCAUAGCCCUUGACCGUGGAGAGGGCUUCCUCAUCGUUCAUGCCCGUGUGCUUUCGCGCCGGGGUCUCUACGACACGUUCCUGGGAAUCGACGGCGGGGGCGCGGUUGACGCAGACAACCCAGAUGCGUCUCUUCAGAUCCUCCAGGCACUGAAGAGAGUUAUUGCACGGGCCGUGACAUCGCGAGGUGAUUCUCGAAGGUCCAGCCUGUAUGCUGCUGACGACGAGCAGCCAGACCUCGAGGUAUUCAAGCACUUCACCUCGAAGGUUUUGUCGAUGGUGGCCGACGGAGGCCCCUGCGAGCAACGGGCUUUGUACGAGGCGGACAGAUCGCAUCGGCUGCGAUCAGUGGAAAAGCUUUUUUGGAAGCGCCUGCCCGACACCUUCGACCGAUUCUGGCAGAGUUUGCUGACGGGCAAACACUCCUUGGCUUCUUUUCUCGAGAACUCUGAGAAAUUCAGUCAGGCAUUCAUGCGCAAACAAUCCGAGAACAAGGCUGCAGCACAAGAAGAUGACAUUGUUUCCUCGGCAAGUUUCGUCGGCCUGAUCAAGUCGCUGUCCUUCGCAGAUCACAGGUUCGACAGUCGGAAGAGACCACUGUUUCGUCUCUUCAAACUGUUUAUCACAGUGCUCGACCUCUUGGAGGACAUAGCAAGUCAAGGCGGGCAAUGGGACCGUGAGGACCGCAACAUUGCAGUCAAUCUCCUCACCCAGAUCGGGGGAGACACAGGAUUCUGCACCUGUGUCUCCGCAGCAGUCAUCGCAGACACCAUGCUUUUGGGGUGGCCGAUGCUGAAGGUUUGCGACCAGGACGCAUCAGAUUUUAGCUUGGCCGGACCGAUGGCGGCUAAGACCUUGGCCACCCUGAAACAUUUUCUCUACGACGGAGCAAUCUGGCUGCCACAGGCCAAAGACACGUUGACCCAUGCGGUAUUAUCAUCCAUCCGCGAUCGAGCUGUUUUUGUUGGACGCGGCUCGAUCACAGCCAAUCAAGGUCGCCAGAGAGCUGCUUGGCUGUUUUAUGCCAUCUUUGAGGCCUUCUUCAAGUCCCACUUCCCAGGGUACGAGGAAGCAAACCUUCUGGGAGCUUUCAACUUGACUGUGGAGAUGUCCCUGUCUGACCGCCAGCGACUAUUUCUUGCGCUUUGCGAACGGCUGGGCUUGAAUGGGUCUGCAGCAUGGCAAUCAAUGGUUGGGAGCGGUCCAACGACAGGCUUGCUGCAGCAGGCUCGGUACUGGAGUUCUGAUGCAGGACUUCUGGUUGCUGGGCAGGAGGACCAGUCCAAGUUGGUGUGUCAUUUGCCACAAAGCCCACAUCAGAGAGCAUGGCUACGCACUUGGCAGGGUGCAAGGAAGAAUGCCUCCCACGCUGCAGCCUUGAAGGUCAUUGAAUUUUACUUAUCUUCCUUGGCCGGGACCGGCACUGUAGAGCGGUCUGUGGGGCAGCUGGGCUCUCUUUUGUCGAGGCGGGCUGGGCUUCACGAACGCACCGUCGAAGCGAUGAUGAAGAUGCUGCAGCAGGACGAGAAAGGGCGCCGAACAACAAGGUUGGACCCUAAGCAGCUGCUCACAAAAGAGGGGCCACGUAGGACGGCCGGACAGGCAAUCGUGCUGCAUCCUGCGAGUGCUUACCUUCUCCGGGUUCAGAAGCGAUAUGCUUUAUGGUUCGGAGAACGAGCUGCUGCAGCAUGGUCUUUGGAAGUCCCAACUUUACAGGAGCUUGCGGUACAGCAGGCCAAGGCAAAGAGACCUAGGCUGUACUGCCCCAGCCCGCAGCAUGCGAAUUCCGAGAAGGCGCAACUUGAGGCGCAUGCUGCUUCUUGCAUGACUGCAAUUGCGGCCGUCAAGACGGAUGUGGGCCCAGACACCAUGACAGUUCUGGGCAAGCCUCUGGGCAUAGUUCCUUCUGGGGCCUCACACGGCGACCUCAUGUCAAGCAUGGCAGAAGAAGCUUGGGAGAUGCGCAAGAGGCGCAAGACGGCGCAGUCGCAAAGGUCUGACGGAAUCGAGCCCCAAGCACUUGAGUUCUAUGGCCAACACCCUUCAUCAGGUGCCGCGUCAUCACAAUCUUUGCCAAGCACGCCUUGUGGUAUGCGGGCAUUGCUGGCUUCUCAGUCUGGCUCAGCUCAAGAUCCAGACGCUAAUGAUGGCCUUGACUGGAGCAAAGGCGUGAAAGCAGUAGCCAAGCAGGCAGAGGUCGCCGAGAAGAUGGCCCAGGCACAGAUACUUGCCGUUCCUGGGCAACCGGCUGCUUUUGUAGACUCCAAGGGAGGUCGCAUGCUGCCGAAGCCAGACACCAAAGCUCAGCCAGAGAAGGUGCCUCAGAUGCCAUUCAGGCCAGUGGUCAUCAUCCGCAAGGGUGCCGAGGAGGCGAGAACGUGGCUUCCGAAGCCCUUCAACAUCGGGGCUUUUCCUGGGUCGUGUGAUGUCGUGCUGGUCCCAUCUGUGACAUCUAGCUCUGCCGAGGCGCUGCUUGCUCGCCUGGAGGGUGCCCGAUUGAUAGACGUGGACCACCGUUGCGUCCAGUACAGAGGCAGCAGCAAGCAGCACCACCUUUUUUAUGUCCAGGAUUGCUUCGCAAGAGCAUACCCAAAACACACAGAGGUGCUGCUUCAGUGCUCAAUUCGGAGCCCUAUGAUGAGGACAGGUGGAGUCAAGGUGCCGCGGCUCACGGUUCAGAGAAGUGCGCUGCCAGAAGAAAUGAAAUGGCCAGACAGAUCCUUCCAGCUGGUGCGUUCACUUGCAGACGGUGGCCAGAGGAUGCUGGAUCUUGAGGGUUUGCUGCAGAUCUGUGGCCGAUGUUACGGGCCAGUGCCAAGCGCUGCAUCGGGCAGCAGAUGA